GGCCAUGAGGAGAUCAGCAGUCCUCCGUCUCCUGAGUGGUCAGACUUCCCCCACCAACGUCCGACUGGAGAGACUGGACUCCCCCCAGGUCCUGCAGCUGUGUGUCCGAUACCAGGACCACCUGCACCAGUGCGCCGAGGCGGUUGCUUUUGACCAGAAUGCCCUGGUGAAGCGCAUCAAAGAGAUGGACUCCUCAGUGGACACUCUGUACAGCCACAUGCAGGAGCGGCAGAAACGAUUCGCCAAGUACGCAGAGCAGAUCCAGAAGGUGAAUGAGAUGUCAGCAAUCUUAAGGCGCAUUCAGAUGGGCAUCGAUCAGACGGUGCCCCUGAUGGAGAAGCUGAAUGCCAUGCUGCCGGAGAAUGAAAGGCUGGAGCCGUUUUGUAUGAGUCUGGACAGGGAACACAAACCGUGAUAUGCACUGCCCCCUCAGGGACACUGAGUGACCUGCAGGCAAGAGCGCCAACCCCCUGUGCUGCCUGCAUACUCCAUAUGAAUACUGCCAUUACCAGCUCAUUGCUAUAAAAGCUAUUUAUAUGUGCGGCAGAGUAUAACUACGCCCAUCAUCCUCCCUCUGGGAUCCCGCUGUGAAACUUCUCUAUUAGCAUGGUGUAUAGUGGAGCUGAUGGCAAAGCUGCAGAGCAUCGCAUCAUGUGAAUUGUAAAUAUUGAACUUUGACCCUCACUCAGAACACUGAAUAUAUUAUUAUAUAACCUCUGUGUGAAUGUCUACUUUCAUUUCAGUACUAAAGUAGUUGUAUUCUUUUACAUAGAA